GUUGAUCAUCACAUAGCAACUCAUCUUCUUCACUUCAAACUUAAGCCACUUAAAAAGACUAAAGCUUCUUCAUUGAUCUUAUUAGAUAUCAUAUUAUGGAUUCUUCCCUUCUCAUGUUGAUGCCACUUCUUGUUCUUAGCUCGUUGAUCAUUUCAUGUUGCGGCAACUUCCACCGGGAUUUCGAGAUUACAUGGGGAAAUGGACGAGCUCGAAUAUUAAACGAGGGAAAGCUUCUCACUCUUUCGCUUGACAAAGCCUCGGGCUCGGGAUUUCAAUCCAAGCAUGAGUACUUAUUCGGGAAAAUCGAUAUGCAGCUCAAGCUUGUGCCGGGAAACUCUGCCGGAACUGUCACUGCAUAUUAUCUGUCCUCAAAAGGGUCGGCUUGGGAUGAGAUAGAUUUCGAGUUCUUGGGGAAUUUGAGUGGCGAUCCUUACAUACUCCACACCAAUGUCUUUAGCCAUGGCAAGGGGAAUAGAGAACAACAAUUCUAUCUCUGGUUUGACCCAACGGCUGAUUUUCAUACCUAUUCUAUCCUCUGGAACCCCCAACGUAUUGUAUUCUACGCUGAUGGCACUCCCAUUAGAGAGUUCAAGAACUCAGAACCAAUCGGCGUCCCGUUUCCAAAGAGCCAGCCAAUGAGAAUAUACUCGAGCCUUUGGAACGCGGAUGAUUGGGCCACAAGAGGUGGACUUGUGAAGACAGACUGGAGCAAAGCUCCUUUCACUGCUUCAUACAGAAACUUCAAUGCCAAAACUUGCGUUAGGUCCUCCAGAUCAUCGUCUUGUCACGGUUCUUCUUCAUCGAAUGAUGCAUGGCUUUCGCAAGAGCUCGACAAUGCGAGUCAAGAGAGGCUGAGAUGGGUGCAGAAGAACUACAUGAUAUACAAUUACUGUACGGACACCAAGAGGUUUCCCCAAGGUCUCCCUCCUGAAUGCAGAAGUACUUCGUAGAGAUAAAAAUAAAAAAAUAAAAAAAAAACAAGACUCAAUCUCAUGUCUUUUAAUAUGCGUUUGCUUAGUUAGCAGUUUCUAGUAAGAAAGAAUGUAUUUUGUUAUUAUUAUUUAAUGUCAUGUA